GCUUUAAUUAUUGCACUUUUAUGAAAUAUUUUAAUUCUCUUAAGUUGCACUAGUUAAAAAGAAUCGUGACAUAAAUUCCAGUUCUAAUAAAACCCAAAGUUACCCGGAAGCAGAAGAACCGUUAAAAUAACCGGAGCAGGUGAGGAAUGAACCAUGUCGGGUCACCAUGGUAACCGCCAGGUGAGGCCGCCUCCAUGCUGCACCAGCUGCAGCCACCAGGUGGCGCAGUGGCAGCGUUUUCCCGCUGCUGACUCAAACAGGAAGACCCAGAGGGGGGCGGGGUCAUGACGACAGUGACGUCACGCAGGCGGUUUCUCUGAAGGCAGCCGCCGCCGGUCGCUUCAUUCAGGAGCAGCGCGAGCGCAGAGGCGGACCACGCGCAGCUUCACAGAUGCUGAUGUCAUGGUGUGAUGUCUGACGUCACCCUGCGGUUGGUCUGAUCGGCUUUCUUCCUACAGACUCUAGUCCCUGAUUGGCCAGUUGUCUGCGGAGGCCCUUGGAUUUGAUUGGCCACCAUGCUGAACGUCACAGGCGGGUUCUCGGUGAACCAGAGCGCGGUCAGCUGUGAGAGGCCGUACGGGCAGGACCGGCUGCCGCUGCUGGUUCUCUACAUCGCCGUUCUGGUCGUCGGUCUUCCCGCCAACGUGCUGACGCUCUUCCUCACCUGGCAGCAGGUGCGCAGGAAGAACGUUCUUGGUGUUUACCUGUGGAGCCUGUCCUUGUGCGACCUGACGUACCUGUUCACGCUGCCGCUCUGGGCGGACUACGUCAACAGCGGUCACGAAUGGCGCUGGAGCUCGACGGCCUGCAAGCUGACGGGCUACAUCUUCUUCACCAACAUGUACAUCAGCAUCUUCCUGCUGUGCUGCAUCUCCUGCGACCGGUACUGGGCGGUGGCCUACAGCCUGGAGUCCCGCGGCCAGCGGCGGCUGCGCCACGCCGUGGUCAUCACGGUGGUCAUCGUCCUGGUGGUGGCCGUGGGCCACAGCGCCGUCUUCACCAUGAGGGAGGGAAACGUCCAAGGCUUGAAGCGCUGCUUCGAGCCGAGCCGGAGCAGCAAAGUGAUGAGCUUCAGCUACGCCCGCUUUGUGAUCGGCUUCCUGCUGCCGCUGCUGCUGCUGGCGGUCACCAACCGCCGCGUCCUGACCAACGUCCAGCGCAGCGCGGGCCUCCACGGCGGCCAGAAGCGGCGGGUCCGGCGGCUGGCGGUGGCCGUGGUGCUGCUGUUCCUGGUCUGCUUCGGGCCGUACCACCUGAUCCUGCUGGCCCGGGCCGUCAUCACCCAGGUCCCCCGGCUGGUGGACUCGCCCUGCCUGUUUGAGGAGACCCUGUACUCGGUCUACACCAUCUCCCUCGGCCUGUCCACCGUCAACAGCGCCGUCAACCCCAUUCUCUACGUCCUGUCCAGCAACAACAUCCGCAAGGAGUGCCGCCGCGGACUCGCGCAGAUCUGCGUGUCGGCAUGUCACGGACCGUCGACCAGCAGCAGCCAAAUCAAAUCCUUGGAGCUGAACGCCGGAACCGGAACCGACACCGAGAGACAUCCGGUUGGGCCAGAAGAGACCUUAGAGACCAGAUAGAAACUGACCGGAUUGCUGAAUCCACAGGCGGGUCUAAAGGUCCACACCGGUCCAGUCCGCUUUAACCCAACUCCAGUCCGUUUGUGAAGAAAGUCCAGUUCGGUUGGUGAAGUGUGGACGCUAACUGACCUCUGGUCCUCCAGACCGGUCUGGGAAAAAGAACUCUGGUUCGGUUUGAUGUGUGAACACCAAUCGGACUGG